GUCCAGCACAAGUUGGGCCCGGGAAGCAAGGGGAGAGGGGAGAGGGGAGAGGGAUGGUUGUCGCGGCAGGCAGGCAGGCCCGCUCGGUUGCGCUCCGCGGAACGAGCCACGACGAAUCAAAUGCCCGUGGCACGUCUUGGGCAUCGGAUCGGCAUGGAAAUGGGAACGUGAAGGCGCAGCAGCAGAACUGGCCUUCACGUUCUCUCUCUCUCUCUCUCUCUCUCUCUCUGUCUCGGUCUUGAUCAGCCUCCUUGCGUCUUGAGACAUAAAGCGGUGCACGCAAGUCAGUCCAGAGCUUCCUCUUCUUCUUCCUCAUCAUCACCCCACCACCCCCAUCGCCAUCUCCCUCUCCCUCUUCUUGCUGAAUGAAUUCCUCUUCCUUCCUCUUGGCUGCGUCAUCGGUUCUGUUCUCAAAAUCUCGCUUUCUUGGCCUUCUCCUCGGCCCAACAAUCAAUCAGAGCUCGUGAGACAGAACUUGCACAGAACUGCAAGUCCAGGCAGGAGACAGAGGCAGAGGCAGGCAGGCAGGCAGGGAACCGCAGGCAUUUCGUUGGCUCCGAUCUGACCGACUGAUUGUGUCGAGGAAGAAGAAGAUGAAGAAAGCGGCGAUGGAGGACGAGGAGGUGGAGAUGGAGCUGGUGCGGAAUGGAGAGUGAGGCGUUCUUCUUGCUCGAGCCGAAGCAGGCGCGGAAAGAAAUGUCGGUUCGGCCCGAGGCUGAGAGCAGCGGCGGAGGGCGGGCGCGCGGGAAUGCAGAGGAGGGCGGUGAGCAAAGGCGGGGCAGCAGCAGCAGAAGAGUUGCCGCCGAUCGAAGGCUCUGGUGAGGAGGACGAGCGAGAGCGAGAGCGGCGAGGCGAGGAGGAGGAGGAGGAGGAGGAUUACGAGGCGAUGGCCGCGGGAGGCAAGGGCGAGGGCGGGAUCGGGGACAGGAGGAAAGCGGGGCUCACGUCCAGAGGAGGGCUGAGUGGCUGCUCGUGGCAAUGCUGCUGGGCUCUGCUCAUGGCCGUGUCCAUGUUUCUGUACACUCUGGCGAUUUUCGGCUCGUCCUGCUCCGGGGCCUCGUCGGCCGGAUGGAAUUCGAACGACGAUUCGGCGUCGUACAAAGCCAACAAUCUGUUCGGGAAAGUGCGCGGCAAAAUGGCAUUGCCAUUGAUGAGUUUCGACGAGCAGCCGCAGCUGCAGCUGCAGUCGGAAGCUUGGUCUGGAGAUCUGAGGACUCUGGUGACUCCGUGGAAUCGCUUGUGCUAUGGCUCUCAUCCUCCCGAAAAGCUGCGCAUCGCGCUCUUCGUGAAGAAAUGGCCCGUCGGGGGCACGCCGGGCGGGCUCGAGCGCCACGCCAUGACUCUGCAUCGCGUUCUUGCGGAUCGAGGGCACGACGUGCACGUGUUUACGAUGUCGGGCGAUGGAACGCAUCCGGACGACGUACACGAAGGCAAUUUGCACGUGCAUUUCGUGAGGCCUAAUUCGGGCGGCGGAUAUCAGUACUCCGAAGCCUGGGAGCAGUACUCGAUAGCGAAUGCGACGCAGGCCUUCGAUCUGGUGCACUCGGAGAGCGUGGCCCUGCCGCACUGGCGAGCCAAGGAGGUGACCAAAUUGGCGGCGUCGUGGCACGGCAUCGCCUUCGAGGUGAUUCACUCCGACAUCGUCCACGAUCUGAUUCGCAAGCCCGGCGAGCCUCGCAGCAACGACCUGCAGAAGAGCCUGAGCGAGCGCCUGUCCCGAGUCUCGGAGGAGGUCCGAUUCUUCCACAGCUACAAGCAUCACGUCGCCACCAGUGACUACGUCGGCGAUGUGCUGCGAACCAUUUACGAGCUCCCGGAGGAGAAUGUGCACACAAUCUUGAACGGGGUCGAUCAGAUGAAGUUCCGCCCCGACCCUGUCAAAGGCGCUCAAUUCCGUGCCAAGUAUGGAGUUCCUGCCAAUGCGAGCCUCGUGCUCGGGGCUGCCGGGAGGCUGGUCAGAGACAAGGGCCAUCCGCUGCUGUUCGAAGCCUUCAGCGAGAUUCUCAAGGAGCACAAGGACGUGUACCUGCUAAUUGCCGGGGCCGGGCCAUGGGGCGAACGAUACAAAGAGCUCGCUCCCAACGCCAAGACGCUGGGGCCCAUGACUCCCGUGCAGCUCGGCGAAUUCUACAAUGCGCUCGACAUUUUCGUCAAUCCCACUCUAAGGUCCCAAGGACUGGAUCACACGCUCUUGGAAGCCAUGCAAUGUGGUAAGCCGCUGCUCGCAACCAAAUUUUCCAGCAUCACGUGGAGUGUGGUCAUUAGCAAAGACUUCGGAUACACUUUCUCGCCGAAUGUAGAUGCGCUGAUCCAAACUUUGAAAGCUGUGAUUAACGACGGCAAAAUGGCCUUAAGGGAAAAGGGAGAAUCGUGUCUCCAGUAUGCGUCCUUCAUGUUCACAGCUACAAAAAUGGCAUCCGCUUAUGAACGGCUGUUCCUGUGUAUGAAAAACGAGACCUACUGUCAUUACCCCCUGCCCCACGAUUGUCCCCCACCCAGAAGUAAGUACUUCCACAGCCUAUGAAUUUCUCCUCUCGGGCUCCGCCGAAGAUGUUGGGAUUCGGUGAGCGCGGACACUGAGUGGGAUCUUUCGGAGAAACCUCUGCGAGAGAAGAUCGUCUGCUCCUCGGCUCCUUAGCUUGUGAAGCCUUCGAAGCCCAUCGUCAUCAUCAACUGCGAAUUUCCACGAUACACUCCGUUGGAUUUGGGUUUUUAGGACCACCGCGAACAUUCACCGAUCAUUUGUUUUCGUGAUUUCAUGUCACGGAAACACUCAUGGAAGUUUGAAAUCGGUGGAAGCCGAAGGGCUCGUGAGGAUCCCUGUUGCAGUCGGACAAACGGCCCAAUUCGAUCGAUGACCUUUAUUUAAUUCAGGCAGGUUGCCCGACAGGAGUUGUCGUCGAUCGCUCUUGAAGGUUGGAGAGCCAUUCUUGCCUUCUUCACUCCAGGAAGACGCGAAACGAUGGUGUUGAGGUUGCAACCACGUGCAAGGCAUCACUGAUUUUCGCCAGCCACCAGUUUUGAGCUCCGGGUGGGAGUCUUGUCUGUCAACGCGAGAUGGCUGCAAACCGAGAGAAUGCACGAUACUAUAGUAGACUAGAUGCGCCCAUGCAAUUUCUUGUCGGAGACAUCCAACUUUACCUGGAUACUUGUAAAAAGAUCUAGCCGAGGUAAUUGCCGGUAUCAGUCCGCUCACACAAGAAGUAGGGUCGGCAAUUCAUGUAGUCUAUGAGGCAGAACUCUUCUUAGGGUGAAAACCACGGGGAUCGAUCGAGAUCCCUUCAGAAAAGCAUUUUUUCCAAACGAGAUAUUCAGGGCUCUGUUGAGCUUCUUAAAUCACAAAUCUGAAAUCACAA